CCAAUUCUGGGAGAUAAAGUAUAGUAAUAUCAGUAUAUUCAUUUUAAGACACUUAAACACAAGAAUACUUUGAAGAAUUCAAUGAACUGUAUGAAUUAAGAGUCUAUUAUUAUGAAGAAGACAAUAAUUUUAUAAUUAAGAUCCUACGCAUAGUGAGUCUUGGACAAGAUUCACUUUUCGAAAAAUGGUUUGUUUAGGUGUCAUUGUUAAGGUAGUUUGAAUUUGUAUUAUAUUUAGCUUUUAGAAGAGUGUAAAUCCUUCUCAUUUAUUAAUUUAGAAGAUGAAAGAUGGUAAACAAAUGUGCAAAGAUAAAAUCAUUAAAUGCAAAAGAGAUGGAGAUAGGAUUAAAUUUAAGUAUGAAUACAUAAACUUUUUGAUCACUCCUUAAAAUUAAUUGAAAAAGUUAGAAUUGAUCAAUUAUGAUUAUAAUGAAUAAAGUAAAUACGAACAAAGGUAAAUUUUAUAUUCUACCAUAACAACAUAAAUGUAAUAAUAUUCAUAAUUACUUUCAGUAUAGAAGAAAUUGAAUAAAUGAAUUAUUAGGUGGCAUUAACAGGAGAUUCUUGGGAAUAUGUUGAUAAAGUAUUAGUUAAUAUUAUUUUUGAGUAUCCUUGAAAAAACUAGGGUUUUUGCCA